UAAUAAAUUACGCGUUUUAAUUGAGAUAUCCAACCCUAAACCUGAUCCCCGCUUUUCCGCUCUUUCUGUAAUUAUUCAUUGGUCCCUCGAGCCGGAUCAGGCUGGCUCUAUCUCAAUUAAAUUAAUUUAUUAUUCCGCUUAAAAAUUGUGCUGUGUUAAGUGAAGUGUAAUACCGCUAGGAAAGGUCGAGUGUCAGGAGCAUCGCAGAGCACAUCGGGUGCUGCUCCUGAUAGUCAUUCGUACACCGGUACGCUGAACUUUCCGUUUAUUAAGACUGAAAACUCGACUUCGGGCCUUAAAUAACUUCGCUAUGGAGAAUUACACAAGAUAGUUGAAAAAUGCAAUUUGUGCUUCAACUUUCGUGUUCCGCACCGCGCCGCAGAUUGCAAGACCGCUCAAGAUUGCCGAAAAUGUGGUCAACGUCACCACAUGUCCAUCCAUUUUGGAUGCACCAACGAAACCAGCUUCACCGCAGUCUACAUCUUCCGCACAGAUCCGCUUUCCGCUCAAGUAUUGCUAGCUACCGCCUUAGUCCAGGUACGCCCGCAUCAUGGUAAUCCAAUCACCGCCAGAGUGUUGAUUGAUCAAGGUUCAGAGCUCUCAUUUAUGAGACAGUCGCUCUUCAAGAAGCUUGGACAACCGCUACAGCGUGACAUGGUCAUGCUCAAGGGCAUUGGCAAUGUCUCCGCAGGAAGCUCACUAGGUGUGAGCACAAUUGAGCUUCGUUCGCUGUGUACGACCGCAUCAAUGCAUGUCAGCAUGCAUAUUCUACCAACACUGACGGUAGAUCUUCCAUCGUUCGUGAUCGCUGAUCCGAAAUGGCCGCAUCUUGAGAAUCUCAAGCUCGCUGACCCGCAGUAUCUACAGCCACGCCCUGUAGAUAUUAUUCUAGGUGCAUCACCAGCCGCACAGAUCAUGAACGCAGAGAUUCAACGAGGACCUCGCAAUGCUCCUAUUGCACAAUCCACCACGCUUGGUUGGAUUGUCUAUGGAGCUGUCACCGCUAAACACGCUUCAACAUCACACGCAGCACUACAUGCGUCAGUAGAUACUGAAUUACAAGACGCUAUCGCUAAGUUUUGGGAACAGGAAGAAGUUCCAUCAGGAAAUUCACCGCUCAACACCGCUGAAGAAGACGAAUGUGAAAUUCACUUUCGUCAAACGCAUUAUCGACAGCCUGAUGGACGCUACGUAGUGAGAUUACCGCUUAAGGCCCUUGAGAGUCAACUUGGCGACUCUAUCAACGCAGCUAUGGGGUCACUCCGCAGAUUAAUAACUCGCUUGUCGCGAGAAAGAGAAUAUUCUGACAUGUAUCGUGCAUUCAUGGCAGAAUACAUUCAACUAGGACACAUGGUACGAGUACCAGUCAACCAAUUGCCCGCAAACGCUUACUUCUUGCCUCACCAUGGGGUAUUGAAGCUUGAUAGUGCCACUACGAAGCUCCGCACAGUGUUCAACGGUUCCUGUGCAACAUCUACAGGAAUUUCAUUGAACGACAUUCUCCACGCAGGACCCAAAACGCAAAUUGACAUUUUUGAUGUGAUGUUGAGAAUCCGUUGCAGCAGGAUUCGAUUCGCUACUGACAUCACCAAGAUGUUCAGACAGAUUGAGGUCGACUCGCUUGAUUGGCCGCUUCAGUGCAUUCUCUGGAUAGAUGAGAAUGACUUAAUAGACGCUUACUGUCUCAAGACAGUCACAUACGGAACCGCUAGUGCACCUUUUGACGCUGUACGUGUGCUUAUCCAACUAGUAAAGGAUGAAGGACACCGCUUUCCGCUAGCUGUUGCUCCAAUGUUGAAAACACGCUACGUAGAUGACAUCUACGGUGGAGCAGACAACGAAGAAGACGCUAUCAAGGCUGCAGUACAAACAAAAGCUCUGUGUGCAGCAGGCUGCUUCCCGCUUGCCAAAUGGGCUAGCAAUAGCCCACGGUUACUCGCUGAAGUCGCUCCAGAAAAGCAGCUGGAUACACCGCUUAAAGAAAUCAGUGAUGCACCAGUAAAAGUCCUGGGCAUGUACUGGAAUUCACGCACUGACGCUCUCCAGUUCAAGUACACGCUACCGCCAGAGACGCCCAAGACAAAAAGAGCUAUUUUGUCUGAAAUCGCAAAGCUGUAUGACCCGCUAGGACUUCUCGCACCAAUAGUCGUCAAAGCCAAGAUCUUUAUGCAAGAUCUGUGGCUAGAUAGAGUGUCAUGGGAUGAACAAUUGUCACCAUCACUCAUUCACAAAUGGACUGGAUACCGCGAGGAUCUUCGAAACAUCGAAUCCAUCCGCAUUCCACGCUGGAAUAAUAUAGCACCUGGAGCAACUAUGGAAUUGCACGGGUUCUCAGACGCUUCGCAAAACGCUAUGGCUGCCGCUGUUUAUUUGAGAGUCACUGACGCUGAUGGGAACACAAAGGUCUCACUUCUGUGUUCAAAAACGCAAGUAGCACCGCUGAAGACCAUGACAAUCCCACGCUUGGAAUUAUCUGCCGCAUGGUUGCUAACACAACUGAUACUUCAUGUUAAAGAAGUUCAGUCGCUUGAAAAUGUCAGGAUCAAUCUCUGGACUGACUCCGCCGUGACUCUCGCAUGGAUUAAAAGUCCAGCAAUCCGCUGGAAGACAUUCGUCCGCAAUAGAGUGGGAAAAAUCCAAGAAACGCUUCGAGAUGUCUCCUGGAAAUUCAUUCCAGGAAAACAAAACCCCGCUGACUGCGCUUCAAGAGGUAUACCUACGCUAAAACUGAAACAACACGCUCUCUGGUGGCAUGGACCAACUUGGCUUCAUGAAUCAGAAUCCUCUUGGCCCACUCUGGAGCCUCCAACCGACAACGCAACGCAUCGAGAAGAACGCCAAGGUCUGACACUAGUAACUUGGAAAGCAGAAAAUUGCCUGCUCCAACAAUUACUGUCGCAUUACACGCAGCUGUUUCCACUGCUACGGAAGCUUAGCAUCUGGCAUCGUGCCAUCGACCGCUUUAAAAGAGUUCCACAAUCUUCGCUGGCCUACCCGCUUACUCCAUCAGACCUGGAGCGCGCUAAAUUGACCUUGAUUAAGUUCACUCAAGGACAAUACUUCGCUAGAGAGAUUCACACGCUACAAGAUGGUGAUGGUCUGCCUAAAAAUAACAGCAUCACUAAGCUGACUCCGUUCAUCGACCAUCAGGGGGUCCUGAGAGUCGGUGGCCGCUUGAAAAACGCAUUGCUGGACCCAGAAGAGAGGCAUCCAGCGAUUCUACCGCGACAAUCACCGCUUACAUCAAUUUUGAUUGAUGACUCGCACCGCAAAACGCUUCACGGAGGUACUCAGCUUACGCUCGCUGACUUACGCAAGAGUGUCUGGAUCAUUGGAGGCCGUGUUCCAGUCAGAUCAUUUAUUUUACGCUGCGUUAUCUGCACGAGACACCGUGGAGAACGCGCUCAACAGUUGAUGGGUUAA